AUGCAAGAGCUGCUAGGCGGGUGGCUUCAACCCACACAGGAAGAGAAGGAGACUUUACUAAGGCAAGGUACACGGGACCUGGCCCGGUUAGCCGACCAGGCCAUUUGUUGGAGGGACGAUAAUACACUGCAGAUCAGGCUUUACGAGGAACUUCCUCGUUGGCAACGGGAGUGGUCGACUGAAGCUAAGACAUUCUGGCCCACAUACCUGUAUCGCAGUAACCCAUGGAUUCGAGAAGCAAACGGGGGCAUGCUGACAGCCAAGAAAUAUAACCGGACCCGCGUUUGCACGCUACAGGAGUUGCACAUUCAGCGAAUAGGACUGGCGGCGUAUACGCUCCGGAUUUCAUUGACCAGGCUUCGGCAACCACCGAAUCUGCACUAUCAUUACCAUUGGAAAGUCCUAGACACUAAACUCGUCGAACGGGUCCCAGAAGGAACCGACGGCACCGACGGAGGAUAUUUUAUCCUAAAACCAGAACCGAACGGCGUUCACUGGGCUAUCCAACAAGCGUAUACCCCAACACCCAAGAUGGCCGACGAAUACGAUGAAUUAGCAGCGGGUAGAAGAGGGUUGGUGUUUCAAGCUCACCCCUUGUUCCACCGCUUCCCUUGGAAACUGUGUCAAACUGCAAUGUCUUGUCUGCAAUCAAGAAACUACCAUUCAAAGCGUUCAAGCAAGAACUAG